CCCAACAUUUUACCGUUUUCAAUUUCAUUCUUCUUCAGACUUCACUCGUGCAGCCGAAAUAAUCGCCCCUCUCUCCCAUCCAUCAGAUCGCCUGCCCGCUGCAGUUUGCACCGUCGUCGUUCGUUCUUCACCACGUCGCUGUCGUUCGUCCUCCGUCGGCAGCUGCUCAUCUUUUCCCGCAUCUCUGUUCCUCUCUUUCCUGUUGGUGCAGACAAACUCGACGCUUCACUUAUGGACCCUUUUGAUGAAAUAUUUUCUGAUCCUGGCGUCACAUCUCGAGCUGGGGGUAGAUUUCAACCAAAGAUCAAGCCACGUCCUAAAAAACAAACUUUGCCCCCAAAGUCCACGCUAUCUCUAGAUAAGAAGGGAACAAUAUCGGAUACUAAAUCUUGUCGUGAUGGUAGCGGAAACUCAAAAUCAAUCACAUCGUCAUCCCAACUUCCUGUGGAGGAGAAAAGGGAGUCUGAAGAUGAUUUGCUCUUGGCUACCGCAAGAUCUGAUUUCAUUGGUUCACAUCCCACCUCUGUGGAAAGUGCUAAAAUGGUAGACUCGGCACAGUUUGAUUUGGAUUCUUAUGGUGGUAUUCUUCCUUCAGGUUCUACUAUCGAAGAUGGAGUGACUGAUGCAAUUGAUCUCACUACUUCCUCCUUGGGUCCUGUUGGAGUAAAAAAUCUGAUUGAUGAUACAAAAAAUUUGGAACUAUUGAAUUAUUCCCAUCCAAGUGCCUCUUCAGCUCACGAAGCUACGGUUCUGGAUCAAGUUGGACUAGGAUCAAUCCAAUCUGAGCACGAGCAUUUCAAUGAUGGUAAAAUAGCAGGACAGAAUAUAGAUCUAUUUUACGAAUUGGAAUGUCUAGAUGAUUUUCAUAACCAACCAAAGAAUGAAGCAGAUCCUUCAAGCCUUAAGCAUGCAACAAUCUCCAACGAGGAUGGAGAUUUGGACAAACAAAGGUUGGAAAUAGAGUUGAUGUUUCAGGAAUGUGGGGCAGGGGCUAAUAUCACCAUGGAUACAAUAAGUUCUGUGACCACUACUCCCUCUGAACAACCUGCUUGCAAGUAUAUACCAAAGCCCAAAAUAAGAACUGCAGGAGAUGCUUGCACACAAAUCUCUCAGCCAGAAAUCUCUAAUAUGCUUCCACUGUCUCCACAAGUUAUGUCUUGUGAUACUAGCGGCAUGCAUGAAGCCUCAAUUGGGACACAUCCAGAUGGUGGUCUUAAUGAUUCUUCGAUUGACUUUGAUGGUUAUGCUCCUGUCAACCAGCACACUGAAACACCUGUUAAUGUAGAAUCAUUAGCAUAUGACUCUUAUGGUGACAUACUGAUGGAUGAUUUUAAUUCAGAUGAUCGGGAUGAGAUGUUAAGAGAAGAGGGUGGUAAGAAUGGCGAAGAAGAACCUUCAACAGAAUCAAAUAUUUCUCAGCAACAAAAGAUGUUCCCCCCAGUUGGUGAAGAAAUUGAGCACAGCAAAACUUCAAGGAAGUUGAGAAAGAAGGUUUCUCAUCAACUUGAUGAGCCAGAAGAUGGUGUUGAUGAGAAUAGAAACUUCCCUAAUGAACCGUCUAGUAAUUCUGAUAUGCAUGGAGAUGGCUAUAACAAAAACGAAGCCCCAAAAGGAGGUCGAGGAAAAAAAACAUCAACAAAGUCUUCAAAACCUUCGACUGAUAAUGAAAAACCAACUCGGAAGCGCAAGGAGGCGAAUAAAGCUGUUCCAGAUUUGCAGGCCGAAAAACGCCCUAAGAAGUUUUCCCAUUCAACUCGUCGAAAUAGAAGGCAAGUAAACAAGGUUUUGCUUGAAACUCCAGAGGAUGAAAUUGACUUUCAAAAAAUAAGUUUCCGGGAUCUCAUUAUUUAUCACGAGCACAAGGAGAAGUUAGAGAAGAAAGUUGCAAGCACAAGAAAAUCAGCAACCAAUCAAAGAACCGAUACUUUCGGUGAGGAGAUGUACAAUGAUGGAGAGGAAAACCUUGCUUCUGAACAAGGUAGAGGUACUGAUGAUGAUGAAACGCCUGAUGUAGUUGACAUGACUUCUGCUUACUUUAAUUACCAGUCAUUCAUGGACAAAACACCACGUACAAAGUGGUCAAAGCAGGACACAGAGCGUUUUUAUGAGGCUGUACGACAAUUCGGAACGGAUUUUUGUAUGAUACAACAAUUGUUUCCAGGCCGAACACGGCAUCAAAUUAAACUAAAAUUCAAAAGUGAAGAACGUCAUCAUCCAUUUCGCCUAUCUGAUGCUAUAGCUAAUCGUGCCAAAGACCAUUCCCAAUUUUUAUUGUUGAUCGAGCAGCUGAAAGAAGCCGCUAAUAAGGCAAAACAUGAAUCCAAUCAAGAUGAGUUGACUGAAAAUAGUGGGGAUGAAGAGCAGCGAGAGUUGUCUCCUGAAACUAAUGAAGAAGAAGUGGCAAAACCCGAAGGAAUGGAGGAGACAGGAAAGGAAGAAUCUGUUGGUGGUGAGCUUCACAGUCCAUUGAAGGCUGAUGAAAGCGAUGAUGAUGAUGAUCCUAAUAGAUGGGAUGAGUAUAAAUUUGAUUAUUAAUGUAUGCCUCCCUCUUUGUUCUCACAUUUUUUUGUUAUGAAUCUUGUCCAUAAUUAAAUCAAUGCAUGGCUUUUAGAUUACGUGUUGGUUAAUUGUUGGUGGGGUGACCCUUGGAAUAUUCAGAACUUUUUAUUCGUAAUCCUUCAGAUAAGAAUAUUCCUAGUC